AUGCCGGUCCGCAGAAAGGAAGGACGCUCGCGCUUCGGCGCCAACAAGCCAGGUCAACUCAGCGACAGGACACGAAGAGUCAAAACCAUAGACGCCGGUAGUCUCCGCUCUUCAGAACAGACAUCCCAAAAUGAACGAAUCGAAGCGACGCGUCUAGCGAGCCGAAUAGAUGAAGGCCAAGGGUUCGAGCGAUUCGAGGCGGGGAAGAAGCGCGUUGGAUGGCUUUGCAACAUGCACAGUACCUCUAUUGAGGACUCCAAAGUGCCAGGUGGUCGCGCUGCUGUGGACUACUACUUCAUUGGCGAUGAGGGCGAGACGUUCAAGGCGAGCGUCGAGUACCAACCAUACUUCCUGAUUGCGGUAAAGAAGGGAAAAGAGCCUGAGGUGGAAGAAUAUGUCAAGAGAGGAUACGAGGGCCUUGUAAGGGGAGUAGAGAGGGUCGAGAAGGAGGACCUCAAGAUGCCGAAUCACUUGCUCGGAUACAGGAGGACAUUCCUCAAGCUCUUGUUCGUCAACGUAAACGACCUGCUAGCUGUGAGGAGAGGAUUGGCGCCGAUUGCCGAGAGGAACAAAUCCAAGAUCACUGCAAUGGACACAUAUGCCGAAGUAGCUGCUGGUAACGCUGGCUUCGACCUAUUCGAUGACGACUUUGAGAACGAGCGGAGACCGACGACCAUUGCCGACGCCAGCGAUUUCAUUGUGGACAUUCGAGAAUACGACGUGCCUUACCACGUUCGAGUAGCCAUUGACUUGGACAUUCGAGUGGGAAAAUGGUACUACGUGGAAGCAAAGCAUGGCCACAUCAGCGUCAGCUGCAUCGAGGAAAGAGUGCAACGUCCAGAUCCGGUCGUUAUGGCGUUUGAUAUCGAGACGACUAAGCUACCACUGAAGUUUCCGGAUGCUGCGAUUGAUCAAGUCAUGAUGAUAUCAUACAUGAUUGACGGGCAAGGUUUCUUGAUCACGAAUCGAGAGAUUGUCUCUGAGGACAUCCAAGACUUCGAUUACACACCAAAGCCGGAGUUUCAGGGGCCCUUCAUGAUCUUCAACGAGCCGAAUGAAGAAGCACUGCUGGAGAGAUUCUUCAGCAUGAUCAAAGAAGCCAGACCUACAAUCAUGGUGACUUACAACGGCGACUUCUUUGAUUGGCCUUUCGUUGAAGCGCGAGCGAGCGUGCAUGGGAUCGACAUGUAUCAAGAGAUCGGCUUCCGGAAGAACAGCGAGGACAUCUAUCAGUCCACGCAUUGUGCACAUAUGGAUGCGUUCGCCUGGGUGAAUCGAGAUUCCUACCUUCCCCAGGGAAGUCGAGGCCUGAAGGCUGUUACUGUGGCCAAGCUCGGAUACGACCCAGAUGAGCUGGACCCAGAAUUGAUGACACCGUACGCAUCUGAGCGGCCUCAGACGCUGGCAGAGUACUCGGUGUCCGAUGCCGUGGCGACAUAUUAUCUGUACAUGAAAUAUGUGCACCCUUUCAUCUUCUCAUUAUGUACGAUUAUUCCGCUGGGGCCGGAUGAUGUGCUUCGAAAAGGAACGGGUACCCUCUGCGAGAUGUUGCUCAUGGUUCAAGCAUACCAGAAAGAGAUUGUGCUACCAAACAAACAUGUCCAGCCACGAGAAGCGUUCUGGGAAGGCCACCUGCUGGAUUCCGAAACCUACGUCGGUGGGCACGUUGAAAGUAUCGAAGCUGGUGUCUUCCGAAGCGACAUACCAAAUGACUUUGCAGUGGACACAACCGCCAUCGAUGAGCUGCUUCAUGAUCUGGACGCGGCUUUGAAAUUCUGUAUCGAGGUCGAAGAGAAGAAAAAGCUCGAAGACGUCGAGAACUAUGAGGAAGUGAAAGGCCAAAUCUUGGAUCGGCUGACGCAGCUGAAAAACACACCAAACCGAAGCGAGCGUCCUCUCAUCUAUCAUUUGGAUGUGGCCUCCAUGUACCCUAACAUUAUGACGACGAAUCGAUUGCAGCCAGACAGUAUGAUUGACGAAUCUGUCUGCGCAGCGUGUGAUUUCAAUCGACCAGGCAAGACCUGCGAUCGGAGAAUGCCAUGGUCGUGGAGAGGCGAAUUCUUGCCUGCAAAGCGUGACGAGUACAACAUGAUUCGGCAUACCUUGGAGAAUGAGAAAUUCCCUGGAAAGGGGCCAAACAGUCUUGCGCGAGCUUUUCAGGAUCUGAGUCUUGACGAACAGACUUCGCUGGUCCGGAAACGUUUGACAGACUACAGCAAGAAAAUCUACCACAAGAUCCACGAUGCACGGACGAUGGAGCGAGAAGCAAUCAUCUGCCAGCGAGAGAAUCCGUUCUAUGUCGACACUGUGAAAGACUUUCGUGAUCGUCGGUACGACUUCAAAGGCAAGCAGAAGGUCUGGAAAGGCAAGACUUCGGAUCUGGAGAAGGCUGGAGCAAGCCAGCCAGAGAUCGAGGAGGCGAGAAAGAUGAUUGUGCUCUUUGAUUCACUGCAGUUGGCACACAAGGUCAUCUUGAAUUCUUUCUACGGCUAUGUCAUGCGAAAAGGCUCGCGAUGGUAUUCCAUGGAGAUGGCCGGCGUUACGUGCUUGACUGGAGCUCGAAUUAUUCAGAUGGCACGACAGCUAGUGGAGAGGAUUGGUCGACCGCUCGAAUUGGAUACUGACGGUAUCUGGGCAAUCCUGCCCGCUACAUUUCCCGAGAAUUUUGCUUUUAAGCUAAAGAACGGGAAGAAGAUGACGAUCUCAUAUCCUUGCGUAAUGUUGAACCACUUGGUCCACGCCAAGUUCACCAAUCACCAAUAUCAAACGCUUGUUGAUCCAACAAACUUCAAGUACGAGACCCACAGCGACAACACCAUCUUCUUUGAAGUCGACGGCCCCUACAGAGCGAUGAUCCUGCCUACAUCGAAGGAAGAGGACAAGAAUUUGAAGAAGCGCUAUGCUGUGUUCAAUGAUGAUGGGUCGCUUGCAGAGUUGAAAGGAUUCGAGGUUAAGCGAAGAGGAGAGCUGAAACUCAUCAAGAUCUUCCAGCAACAGAUCUUCAAGUUCUUUCUGGAGGGCUCAACACUGGCCGAAACGUAUAGCGCCGUCGCCAAGGUCGCAAACAAGUGGCUGGACGUCCUCCACUCGCACGGCAGUACGCUUGCAGACGACGAGCUGAUCGACUUGAUUUGCGAAAACAAGAAUAUGACGAAGACACUCGAGGAGUACGGUGCCCAGAAGUCGACAGCCAUUACCACCGCCCGGCGGCUCGCUGAAUUUCUCGGCGAGCAAAUGGUGAAAGACAAGGGCCUGAACUGCAAAUACGUUAUAUCCUCUCGGCCCAGGCAUGCACCUGUUACCGAUCGUGCCAUUCCUGUUGCGAUCUUGUCUGCCGACGAGUCUGUCAAGAGGCACUACUUGCGGAAGUGGCUGAAGGAGGACCCGAAGGACAUGGAUCCGCGUACUAUCAUCGAUUGGGACUAUUACCUGGAGCGUCUUGGAUCAGUUAUCCAGAAGCUUAUCACUAUACCAGCUGCACUUCAAAAAGUCCGCAACCCGGUCCCGAGAGUACCCCAUCCCGACUGGCUUGAUCGAAGAAUUCGCAUGAAAGACGACAAGUUCCAGCAGACAAAGAUGACAGACAUGUUCCCCAAACAGCCUCUGGCAGAGCUGGACGCUAACAGACUUCCAACUCGUGCUGCAGGUGCGGAUCUGGAGGAUUUCGGUGCCACACCAAUGUCGAAGCUCAAGCCUGCCACUGCUGCAAAGAUUGUCAACUCUCAGAAGCGAAAGGAGCGAGACGAGCCUUCCGCGGCGCCUACUGAUCCGUAUUCGGCCUUGCCGGCCGUGAUGCCAUCAAUCACAGAGGAUUACCGAGGAUGGCUGAAGUACCAGAAACAGAAGUGGAAGAUACAAAAAGCACAACGGAAGCGUCGCCGACAGCUUUUUGGUGAGAAGCGCGCUGACGCUAACAAUGCCAUUGGUACAUUCUUCCGAAAUCAGGCAGAGCUUGUCUACACCACCGACUGGCAGAUCAUUCAACUUCGAGAAACAGACUCUCCUGGCGAAGUCAGAGCAUUUGUCCUCAUUGACAAGAAGAUUCACCAGCUGAAAGUGAUCGUUCCACGGCAAGUCUUUCUCAAUCUGAAGGAAGAUGAUCUACCUGAUGUAUCAAUCGACGGCGUCAAGGCAGAGAAGAUCGUCAAUCACACACUGCCAAAUGGACAUCCCUCUACACACUUGUUCAAGCUCACCAUGAGCGAGCAGGUCUACGUAAACGAGACAGAAAACUUGGCGAUGCUGUUCAAUCACACAAGUGUCGAAGGCGUCUACGAAAAACAAGUGCCCCUGAACGUGCGCGCAUUGCUUGAGCUGGGUUGUGUAUGCACCUUUGAUGAGAGCCAGCGUGGUGUAUUGGGCAAAGGCUUGGAACAGGGUUUCGAUCUGUCGACGUUGCGCACUGUUCCUCCCAAGAAGCCUUACAUGAGCAGUGCUUCUUUCAGCUACCUGGCCCUCUACCACAUCAGUGCUGGCGAGCGACAGAUCUAUGCAGUCUUCUCUUCGACCAAGCCUGAGGCCAAGAUUGUGGUUUUGAACCGAGCAAGAAGUGAACAAGGCAUGCCGAACGUUGAUCGAAUAUACGAAGACAUGCUCAGCAAGAAGUUCGAAGAAGCAGGCGGUCAGCCUUGGCAGAACGUCGUGGACUAUCAGGAAGCGCUGCGCUUCAAGACGGUCCAGGUCACGACUCAUCGACGAGCUUUGCAGGAGCUGGGUGAUGCGGUCAAGGAGAUCCAAAAAGACGAAACGCUGCCCGUUAUGCUCGUGUUACAGUCGCACAGCGCCGCCAUGCUUGUUCACGACCUACCCGCCCUACAGACGUUCCCGACACUGCAGCUUCGAGCCGAUGAGAUGGACAAGCAGCUGCCUCCUCUCGGAUGGCAGUCAUUUGUAGCAAAACGACUGGUCAAUCAUUACUUGGAUUUGGGCUUGUGGAUAUCGCAUUUGCUCGAGUUCUCGAGAUACGGUAAUGUGCCUCUGUGCAACCUCGAAAUGGAUGAUCCGCGCUUCCUCAUCGAUAUCACAUAUGCGCGAAGAUUGCAAAAAGAAAAGGUCGUAUUGUGGUGGUCGCAAGACGCUAGACCCGAUCACGCUGGCCACGAAAAAGACGACAUCCUGGGUUCGAUGGAGGUCAUCGAAAUGCCAGCCGUGAAUAACCCGGGAACGUACUCUUCGGUGUGUAUCGACUUGAGCGUCAAGAAUUUGGCAAUCAAUACUAUACUCUCGUCGGCUGUGUUGAACGAAGCGGAGGGAUCAGACCCGCUGGGUAUCUCAGGAGCAGGCGCGAAGGAGGAUGCGCUCGAUGAGACCACUCAAACGAUCCAGUCGGAGAAUGCUUUUGCGGCCGCUGGAAUCGGAGCUCUGCGGGAAAUGGUGCGAGCUUGGUGGCAAGAAGCUGCUCAUGGUGGUAGCACAAUGGCAGACGUCCUUGUGCAACACCUCGUCAGAUGGGUUGAAAGCCCGAGCUCCCAUCUGUACGACCGCAAUCUCCACUACUACGUCCAGAUCAUGUCACGCAAAGCCUUUCAGCAACUCAUGUCUGAGUUCAGACGAAUUGGAUCGCACGUGGUCUUUGCCAAUGCUGGGCGGCUGCUUCUGCAGACUUCAAAAGCUGAAGUUGGGAAUGCGUAUGCUUACAGCAAGUACAUGCUCAAGACAAUCAGCGGCAAGCCUGCUUUCGCGUUUCUUGAUCUCGCCAUCACCGAGUUCUGGGACUACCUAGCAUGGUAUGAUGAGUUCAACUAUGGCGGGAAGGGGUGUACUGAGGUCCUUGAGGAAGAGAACCAACAGCUUGAUAUGAUCAUGCAUUGGCAGAUCGCAACAUUCCUGCCCCCGAUCCUCCAGCCGAUGUUCAACGACUGGGUCGUUGAAUACAUCGAGUUGAUGCACCAACGAAAGCGGCCUGCUGGGCUUGUCAAUGGAACAACACCACGAGCGACGCAACUGCCUAUUCAUGCAUCCAUGUUCAACUCAGAAAAGGAAGAUCAGACAACACCAGGCAAUGUCCUCGCCAAAGACUUCGCCAAGCCACUCCAGAAGCAAAUUGCACAGCUGAUGAAGCGUCAACGGACGGAAGCGAUGCACGAAGAACUUCUGCAAGACUGGACUUUCCCGUCAAUGCCAGGAUCGCAUCUCAAGUCACAAAAUCCCGUGCUGGAGCUGGUCAAGAGCAUUAUGCAAGUGCUCAGCUUAGACAAGACCAUCACACUGGAAGCUCGACUCCUGCGAAAGGAACUUCUACAUCUCUUCGACAUUCGCGAAUUCAGUCCCGAGGGAGCUUUCACCAACCCCUCGGCUUCCUUGCCGAUCAAGCAACUCAGCUGUUCCGAAUGCUGCAUUCCAAAGGACAUUGAUCUCUGUCGGGACUCUGACAUCGCCUCGCCUCCUACUUCCGAGGUCUCUCACUGGGUGCUAGCACCCAAGUGCGAUAACUGCUAUGCGUCAUUUGACAGACUGGUGAUCGAGGAGCGAAUGAUCGCAGACGUGCAGAAGAUGGCAUUGCAAUGGAUGACGCAAGAUUUGAAAUGCAAGAAAUGCGCUCGUAUUCGAACGAACGACUUCAUGGACCAUUGUGCCUGUGCUGGCGAAUGGGUGGGUACUCUGAAGAAGGACGAAUUGACGAGGAAGCUGAGAGUCUUUGAAAGCGUGAGCAGGUUCUAUGGGUUGAAGAUGCUGGAAGGCGUUGUCGGUGCUUUCAGGGGCUCGCUAUGA